GGACCGGGACAGAUGGGAGGAGGAGGGCAGGCCACAGCAACCGGACCCGUGAGCUCAGAGACCCACAGCAAAGGCCGCUCCUCUGAAGAGACGCUGCUUCUAAUUCAAUAAACCAGACGGACCUGGAACCACGAGGACCAGCCGCCCGCUUUAAGGAAAGACUUAAGGAUGCAGGACGGGAGGAAUCAGCCGCUCCCCAUCUCUCGGCUGCCGAAGGACCCGGCGGGGGGCGGGGCUUUGGACGGCGACGGGGGGGUGUUUUCCGAGGCGUCCUCCGACGGCGAGCUGUGCCACGACUCGGCGACAGAGCUGGAUUCUGGGGACGGGGACUUCGCGGAUCUCACCGCCUUCCUGAGUGCAGAAGAGAUCCACCGCAGCCUGGACCUGGCCCUGGAGGCCUUUGGCGCCGCGUUGGGGUCCGAAGACCUGGGCCCCGCCUCUAAUCCCACAUGCCAGGAGCGGGUCCCCCAACCCGUCCGCUCCCCACCUCCCGAAGACCUCCACACGCGGCCAAACGUGCAGCACCAGACCAAAGCCCCCACCUCCGCGCCCCCGGAGGUUCCCCCGAACAGACGCCCACACGCGACCACGGAGGCGGCGGCCCCCGUCGGGAAGGCCGCCCGCCCCAAACCCAAAGAGCCGGUCUACAAGCAGGACAAACCGCGGCUGGUUCACGAAGGCCUGGAGCUGAACGACCGGGCCGCCUCCGCCACCGAGUUCUGCAGCCGAGCCGCCACCUUCAUCGAGGAGCUGUCGUCCAUCUUCAAAGGUCCCGCUCGGUCGGAGCAGCAGCAGGCGGAGGAGGAGGAGGACUCCUCCUCGCCCGACAGCGGGUACCGGACCCCGAGGGGUCAGCGCCCGGCGCCCCAGGGCUCGGCCUCCGCUCCCGCCCCCCGGGGCCCCCGCGAGCCGCCGCCGGCGGAGCCGACUCAGCACCCCGGAGGGCCGGCCCCCCUCGGGCCGCUGUCCCCUCCCUGCUUCCUCCACAAGCUGAAGAGUCAGGAGGUGGCGGAGGGCAGCGCCGUUCGGCUGGAGUGCCGAGUCACGGGGAACCCCCCGCCGCUCGUCAGGUGGUUCUGUGAAGGCCGCGAGCUGCACAACUCUCCCGACAUCCAGGUCUGGAGGGACGGCGACCUGCACACGCUGGUGAUCUCCGAGGCGUUCGAGGACGACACGGGACGCUACACCUGCGUGGCCUCCAACAGCAUCGGAGCGGACGACACCUCCGCCGAGGUCUACAUCGAAGGAGCUUCGUCGUCAGACUCCGAGGGAGAAGGAGCCGGGUCCAAGUCCAGAUCGGGAGCCAUGCCUCAAGUUCAGAAGAAGACGACUUCAAUGUCACUGACGAUACGCUCGUCGUCACCCAAGACGUCGGAGGGCGCCGCUCAUCGCUCCACCCUGGUCCAGUGCCUCUCUCAGCCGAUGCAGAACCCGGUGUCGUCACUGUGUGGCGGCGAGCUGUCUGGACCUCCUGUGUUCUCCAAGCUGCUGCAGGACGCCCAGGCCUCCGAGGGCCAGGUGGUGGUUCUGGAGUGCCGGAUCCGAGGAAGCCCUCCUCUGCAGGUCCGAUGGUACCGCCAGGGGGAGGAGAUCCUGGACUCCCCGGAUUUCCGGAUUCUCCAGAAAAAGCCUCGAUCUGCUGCCGAGUCAGAGGAGAUCUGCACCCUGGUGAUAGCCGAGGCCUUUCCGGAGGACGGGGGUCUGUUCUGCUGCACGGCGUCCAACGCGUACGGCUCCGCCAACAGCGCGGCGCGGCUCGCCGUCGCUGCAGCUGAGGACUCCUCCAGUAAUGGCGUGUCUGGUUUAAGCUCUGGGUUUGAGGAUUUGGCAGCAUUCCCCCCUCCACCUCCUCCCCCCCCACCCACAGAGAUCAGCCUCCUGGAGCUGCCACCCAAGAUGCUGCCUCAUCCCGGCGCGUUCCUCCCCCAGGAGGUGGAGUUGUGGCCCGGGGGGUCGUCCCUGCCUCCGGUGGAGAGGGGCUCAGGGGUGGAGGAGCAGGGGAAAGGCUCUUUACCCCCCAAUCCUCCAUCGCCCCCGCCGGGCCCGGGCAGAGCAACCACACCCCCGCCACCACCAAAGGCUGACCCUGGGCCGGACUCGCCCCCCCUCUCUGGGAAGGACGGCCCUCCGCUGCCAACGAGGCCGAAGCCAAAGCUAGCUGAGAGUGUAGAGGAGGAGACAGACCAUUACAGGAACGCCGUCCAGCUGAAGCUGCUGCAGGACCAGGUUCUCCUGGAGCGACAGGAAGUGGCCGACUGGCAGGACCAGCGGAGCAAGGAAGUCCCGCCUCCGCCUCAGCAAGCGCCUCCUCCCGCUCCGCCGUCCCCGCCCCUCCCGCCGCCCCCCUCCUUCCAGGAGCUGGAGAGCAGCGCCGCCAUGCAGGCCAGCACCUUCAACUACGCCCGCCCCAAGCAGUUCAUCGCCGCCCAGGGCCCCGGCAGGGCGGGCUACGUCACCCAGUCCUCCGGCUCCUCCGGGUCGGGGCUGUCCUCCCCGCUGUCCCCCCCCACCUCCCACAAGCCCUUCGGCAGGGUCACCGUGCCCCCCUUCGCCAAGGCCGGCAGCGUGGAGUCUCCCACCUCCCCUUCCUUCCCGCCUCCUCCUCCGCCCUUCCUCAGCUCCGGUAACCUGUCCUCCCCGUCGGGCCCCGCCCAGGACUUCCCUCCUCCGCCGCCUCCUCCGCCUCCGCCCGCCCCCAUGUCUCCGGCCCCCUCGGAUGUGUCCUCGCCCUUCUCCUCCGUCCCGCCGUCCCCGGCCUCCAGCUUCCUGUCCUCCAUGUUGCCCUCCGCGCCGUCCUUGCCCGGCGGCCCCCCAGUCAACGCGCUGGGCCUCCCGAGGGGCAACGGGACCAUCAAAGCGUUCCCCAGGAAGUCCUCCGUCACCCGGACGCCGCGCGCCGCCUCCGACUCCGACAUCCAAGGCUCCAAGGACGCCGUCAUCCAGGACCUGGAGAGGAAGCUGCGCUUCAAAGAGGAGCGCAUGAGUAACGGCCAACAGAAGUUAACCUAUGAGGAGAAGAUGGCGCGCAGACUGCUGGGGGCCGACAACGCCGCCACGGUCUUAAACACUCAGGAGCCGGAGGAGGAGCCGAUCACUCAGGAGUACAAAGUGUCGAGCUUCGAGCAGCGUCUGAUCAGCGAGAUCGAGUUUCGCCUGGAGCGCUCCCCGGUGGAGGAGUCCGACGACGACGUGACGCACGACGACUCCGAGGGGCGCGGCACGCCGCCGUCCUUCGACCAGAAGCUCAAACACUACAAGGUCUUUGAGGGCAUGUCGGUCACCUUCUCCUGCAAAGUGCACGGGGACCCCAACCGAAGGUGGGUGAGAGGACCUCUCGUCUACUGGUUCAAAGACGGCAAGCAGAUCUCCAAGAGGAGCGAGCACUACCGGAUCAGCCGCGAGGCCGACGGGACCUGCUCCCUGCACACGGCCGCCGCCUCGCUGGACGACGACGGCAACUACACCGUCAUGGCGGGAAACCCCGAGGGCAGGGUGAGCUGCACCGGCAGGAUGAUGGUCCAGGCCGUGAACCAGCGAGGCCGGAGCCCCCGCUCCGCCCCCGGACACAUGCGCAGGCCUCGGUCCAGGUCCAGGGACAGCGGCGACGAGAACGACAACAUCCAAGAGCGCCACUUCCGCCCCCACUUCCUGCAGGCGCCCGGUGACCUCAUCGUACAGGAGGGCCGGCUGUGCCGGAUGGACUGCAAGGUGAGCGGCCUUCCCACCCCGGACCUCAUCUGGCAGCUCAACGGGCAGACCAUCCGCCCCGACUCCGCCCACAAGAUGCUGGUGAGGGAAAACGGCGUCCACUCGCUGGUCAUCGAGCCCGUGACCAGCCGCGACGCCGGCAUCUACACCUGCAUCGCCAGCAACCGGGCCGGCCAGAACUCCUUCAACCUGGAGCUCAUCGUCGCAGCCAAAGAGAUGCACAAGGCGCCGUCGUUCGUGGAGAAGCUGCAGAACACGAGCGUCGCCGACGGCCACCCGGUGCGGCUGGAGUGCCGCGUCGCCGGCGUUCCGAACCCGCAGAUCUUCUGGAAGAGGGAGAACGAGUCGUUGACUCACAACACGGACAGAGUCAGCAUGCACCAGGACAACUGCGGCUACCUGUGUAUGAUCAUCCAGCCGGCCACCAAGGAGGACGCCGGCUGGUACACCGUGUCGGCCAAGAACGACGCCGGCAUCGUGUCCAGCACCGCGCGCCUCGACGUGCACGCUCAGUGGCAGCAGCCCAACCUCCCAAAGCCCAAGAAGGUGCGUCCGUCCACCAGCCGCUACGCGGCGCUGACGGAGCGAGGGCUGGACGUGAAGGCGGCGUUCUUCCCCGACUGCAGCCCGCCCCCCGGGGGCCUGGUGGAGAGCGACGACCUGUAGGGACCACGGGGAGGAGGAGGAGGAGGAGGAGGAGGGUCCAUCCCUUAAUAACACCCCCCUCACCCCUCUUCUCAGCAGAGAAACAAACACUUUAAGGGGCGGAGCAACACACGGGACAUUGAACUGGAGGUUUUUUGGGUGGGCGGAGUCCA